UUCCCCCAGGCUCUGCUCUCCUCACCACUGCUGGUGCUGAUCAUCUGCUCUGUGUGAACAGGAAUGCCGUGCUACUGCUUGGAGGGGAUGCAGGUGCUGCUGCUGCUGCUAUAAGUGAUGCUGUGGAGUAGCUGGGAAAUAUGAGGGAGCUAUAGAAAGCUUGUGAAGAGCGUCAGGAGCAGCAUCAGUCUGUAGCGUGCCAUCUGGUAGAAGAAGCAGCGGUCCGGGAGACCCUCCGGGCUCUGCCCACUGUAUACACCUGCCCAGCGGGCUCUAAUGAUGCUUCACAUCACCUAACACCAAGUCUUCUGCUGAGGAUUAUGACCCCCACUAUCCUGUGAAGAAGACAGCGUGCUACCAGGAGGAGGCUCUGCACCCAGCGCUGGGGUUAGAGGGGAUUUGCCUGCUCUUCUGUAGGGUCGGUGGGAGCUGGCAGCGAUUAUGGGCCUUUGGAAAGGAGGGCAUGGACCCACCAUAACGCCAUUGUGGUGCUUUACCACCUGCUGGAUCUUCCUUGGCUUAUUUUGGAGUGCACUGGCCUGCCCUGAUUCCUGCACUUGUAAUUCCACAAGGAUCUCAUGUGAUAAUUCCCCGAGUAUCGGAGCUUUCCCGGUGCUGAAGGACAUCUCCCAUGCUGCCAACAUCACUGAAAUUUACAUUGCGGCUCAGCGUUUAUUUGCCUCAAUCAACGAGGACGAUGUGAAGAUUUAUACCGGGCUCCGAAAUUUAACUGUGGUGAACUCGGGACUGACGCUUGUGUCACACCAGGCAUUCCGCAAGAACCUCAAACUUACUUACAUAGACCUCUCCAGAAAUAAGCUGCCUACGUUAAAUAGAAAAGUAUUUCGUCACCUCUCCUUGACUCACCUAAUUCUAGGUAACAAUCCAUUCCAGUGUUCAUGUCAUAUCAUGUGGAUUAAGGUAUUUCCGGAGACGAGCAUCAUAGACAAGCACAACUUAUUUUGCUAUACUGAAUAUAAUGGAUAUAUCAAGAGGAUUCCUCUAAGUACCAUGCAGAUCCCCAACUGUGUGUUGCCCAUAGUUAAUACAAGCACUCAAGAACUUACAGUCCUGGAAGGGAACAGUACAACUGUGUACUGUGAAGCCUCCGGACUACCUAACCCCAAUGUCUCCUGGGAUAUGUCACAGAUUAAGUCCAACACUUUGAUAAAAAAUGUAACGCAUGGCGCUUACCUCACAUUGAAGAAUGUGACAUCACUGGACAACACAAGAAUUCUUGUUUGUACAGCUGAAAAUGUGGUGGGAGAAGAGCAAGUCUUUGUGGAGGUCAAUGUACAUUUUCCACCAAACAUCACGCUAAUAGACUACCCAACUUUGGACCAUCACUGGUGUAUUCCUUUCAGUGUGAGGGGUAAUCCCGUUCCUAAACUCCAGUGGUUUCAUGAUGGAAAGGAGCUAAGUGAAACAGAUUUUAUUUGGAGUAAAAUUCACGAGUCAAGCAACAACAUGAGUGAACAUCACGGCUGUCUUCAACUAGACAGUCCAACACAUCUGAACAAUGGGAUUUAUACUUUAAGCGCAGAGAAUGAAUACGGAAAGGAUGAGCGUACAGUCACGGCACACUUCAUGAAAAAUCCUGGGGAUGGUGAAUUAAGUGAUCCAAUUACUGACCCUGGAUUUUAUGAUUAUGAGACAACUUCUAAUGACAUUGGUGGAACCAGCACAGACAAUGGAGUAACUUCAACAGAUGUUUCCAAUGGAGGAAAUGAAGACAGUAUUACAGUUUAUGUUGUUGUUGGUAUUGCAGCCUUGGUCUGUACAGGGUUGGUGAUAAUGUUAAUCAUCUUAAAGUUUGGAAGACAUUCCAAGUUUGGACUAAAAGGUCCCUCCUCUGUGAUCAGCAAUGACGAUGAUUCCGCCAGCCCUCUUCAUCAUAUCUCCAAUGGCAGCAAUACCCCAUCUUCCUCAGAAGGUGGUCCUGAUGCCGUUAUCAUUGGUAUGACAAAGAUCCCUGUCAUUGAAAACCCACAAUACUUUGGAAUCACCAACAGUCAUCUAAAGCCAGAUACAUUUGUCCAACAUAUAAAGAGGCAUAACAUCGUCUUGAAGAGAGAACUGGGAGAAGGUGCUUUUGGCAAAGUGUUUCUUGCAGAAUGCUAUAACUUGUACCCUGAACAGGAUAAGAUACUUGUUGCAGUGAAGACACUGAAAGAUGCAAGUGACAAUGCCCGAAAAGACUUCCACCGGGAGGCAGAGUUACUAACAAACCUACAACAUGAACACAUUGUAAAGUUUUAUGGAGUGUGUGUGGAGGGAGAUCCGCUCAUCAUGGUGUUUGAGUACAUGCUGCAUGGAGACCUGAACAAAUUCCUAAGGUCCCAUGGACCAGAUGCUGUUCUUAUGGCAGAAGGAAACCGUCUUGCAGAGCUCACUCAAUCCCAGAUGCUUUAUAUAGCUCAGCAGAUUGCAGCAGGUAUGGUUUACCUGGCCUCUCAGCACUUUGUCCACCGAGAUCUGGCCACAAGGAACUGUUUGGUGGGAGAAAACCUCUUAGUGAAGAUCGGAGAUUUUGGAAUGUCUCGAGAUGUCUAUAGCACUGAUUACUACAGGGUUGGAGGGCAUACUAUGCUACCUAUCCGUUGGAUGCCUCCUGAGAGUAUCAUGUAUAGGAAAUUCACAACAGAAAGUGACGUCUGGAGUCUCGGAGUGGUGCUAUGGGAAAUUUUCACUUACGGAAAGCAACCAUGGUACCAGCUAUCAAAUAAUGAGGUGAUUGAGUGUAUAACUCAAGGCCGAGUUUUGCAACGACCUCGCACUUGUCCGAAGGAAGUCUAUGACCUAAUGUUAGGCUGCUGGCAAAGGGAGCCUCACAUGAGGCUGAACAUCAAAGAAAUCCACAGCCUCCUUCAGAACUUGUCCAAGGCAUCCCCCGUUUACCUUGACAUUCUUGGCUAGAUGAUGAAGGUGUUACCUAUAUGGGCUUGAUGAAUGAAUGUGGUGAACAGCCGCUGGACUCCAUGAAAUUUGUUAUAACCUCUGACAGUAUUAUUAACAAAGAUGCUGAGAAGCUAUCAAAGGGCAAGCAACACAAAGUUCUCCAUCUGUACAAUACAUAAUAUAAUUGACAAUACAUUAACAAGUUGUAUCUUUUUAUCCUGAGCCUAUCUCUUCUUUUACUUCUUCCUUUUCUCUUCUGUCUAUGUUUGAGUGUCUCUCACUGUCUUUCCUACUCCGUGCUUAUGCCUUUAUGUAACUCAGCAUACAUAGACAAAGGCCUUAAAACCGUAUCUGUUAAUCAGCAGGCUCGCAUGUCUGUCCACCACAUCUAACAAUGCCUUCUUGUAUUCCUGCCUUUGAUGUGGAUGAAAAAAAGGGAAAAUAUUGUAUGACACAAACUUGUCGACUUCUGCUAUACAUUCAUGUAGACGUUCUAUUGACUGUUGCUCACCUCUACGUUUCUGGCUACGUGCACUAAUGACAGACAGUUUCUGGACAUCAGGAGGAAGUAUUUGCAGACGUGCGUUGGUGGUAGUAAGGAGACAUGCCAAUGGGAAGACGUUAAACCAUCUACCUAAAAUAAAAAACCUGAAGAAACACAAUCAAUGCAUACUAUUCUGAAGAGAAUAAACCCACCCUGCUUUGUUUGUGGCUAGUCCUUUGUCACCAUAUACUCCAUGGUAGAAAGAAACAUAUUGUUUGCUUCUAGCAAAAUGCCAUACCUCUCGUCAUCAUUUUCUUUUCUAACUGCAGUAAACCAUUGUUAGAGGCUGAAUCGUCCGUUUUAAAAGACUGGAAUUAUCACAAUGUGAUGCUGGAUUUAUCUGAUACAACGUCCAACAGACAAUCUCUGUCGCUGACCAGUUUACAAAGCUGUUCUGUACAACUCAAAGAAUACACAUGAAGAGUGGAGGCCAAGAAGCUCGGAAAAAGCUUGUUUUUUUUUUGUAUGGAGAUGGACAGAUGUGAUACGGGAAGCUUAACAAGUGUAUGUUAUUGUGGAGGAAUAAUAGCCUCAGAUGAGGGCUGCUGCUGCUAUUCUGUUCUGGUAACAGGGUCAGUAGGCAAUGUCACCACCAAAAGGUGUUUGAUGCACAUUCAAUGGUUGGUGGCUACCUUGGUUUUUCUUUUUUAUUAAUAGUUUUUCAUCCAUGGGCUCUGGAUUAAAGUUUAUAUUUCUCUAUAUUACCUUGUAAAAACAAAAAUGUGGCAGCCUUUCAACAAAUGUAUGUGAUGUUAAUCUUGGAGGCAGCGCAUGCGUAUAUAUGUUACCGGCAUGAUGUGUCCAAUGCAAAGAUAUUGAAAGUUGUUCCCCACUAAACAUACAGUAAUGGGAUCGACCCUGUAUCACAGUCAAAUUUACCAUAGUGUAGAGAAUUAUCUUUCGAGACAACAGGUAAGGCCCUAUUGUAACGCCAUGCAUUCCUCUGUGUGGGGGUUCGUUUUUGAAGAAUGUAGUAGCACAGUAACGGAAUCUACCAUUUGUAUAGGUACAUGUAAAUAAAUACAGUAUGUUGACUAAAAACUGGUAAUUGUAAAAUAUAUUUGAGAGUUAAGAAAAAUUAUAUGAGUAUUAGCCUCUGUAAUCGAGGCAUUAGUAAAUAAAUUAAUCUCAUCUCUUGGCGUCUACUAAUGAUUGUAACACAUCUCUAUCAAGGUUUUAAAGCAAAUUCUAAAAGUGAAUCAAUGAUACUUGUACAGACGUGAUUUGUGCUAUUGCUUUGGUACAUUGUUUGAACUUCUACUCUUGAGUUACUAUGUAUACUUUUUCACACCGGUUUGCAGUAAAAAAAAAUAUAUACAAAAGUGUUGCCUAUUUGCUAAGUUAAGAUGGAACAGGCAAUAUGUACUGCUUGUGAAGAAAAUGAAAAACUAUGGAGCGGGCAUGAAUGUUCGA